UGUCACCCAUUUCUGAAAUUUUUAGACAAAAUUAUUGGUACGAAAUUUUCAAUAAAUACGACGUAGAUUAUUUAAAAACUACUAAAAUUAUCCACAAAAUUAUAAUCUAGAUAAUACAGAAACAGCUUAGGCUUGAAAGUAUAAAUAUUUACAUAGAAAAUGCUACGCCAGCCGCUGUCUCGGGCGCUUGCGCUGAGCUCGUCGGCGCGCGCGGCCCCGCUGGCGGCCCGCCAGUACUCGGUGCCAGCGCAGCCUGAGAAAGUAGAAGUCUUCAUUGAUGACCAACCUGUACAUGUCCUACCAGGAACCACUGUUUUGCAGGCAGCUGCUCAGGUCGGAGUAGAAAUCCCAAGAUUCUGUUACCAUGAACGUUUGGCAGUUGCUGGCAACUGCCGAAUGUGUCUGGUCGAGGUUGAGAAGUCACCCAAGCCCGUCGCAGCCUGUGCCAUGCCCGUCAUGAAAGGCAUGAGGGUCAAAACCAACUCAGACCUGACCAGGAAGGCAAGAGAGGGUGUAAUGGAGUUCCUUCUUGUGAACCAUCCACUGGAUUGUCCCAUUUGCGACCAGGGUGGAGAAUGUGAUCUGCAGGAUCAGUCUAUGGCUUUUGGAUCAGAUAGGAGCCGUUUCACUGACAUACAUUUCUCUGGUAAAAGGGCAGUAGAAGACAAAGACGUGGGCCCGCUCAUCAAAACGAUCAUGACACGGUGCAUCCACUGCACGCGCUGCAUCCGGUUCGCGUCGGAAGUGGCUGGCGUUGACGAUUUCGGCACCACUGGCAGAGGCACUGACAUGCAGGUUGGAACAUAUGUGGAGAAAAUGUUCCUCUCAGAGUUGUCUGGCAACAUCAUUGACCUGUGCCCUGUGGGAGCCCUGACCUCGAAACCCUACAGCUUUGCUGCACGACCCUGGGAGACCAGGAGGAUUGACUCCGUCGACGUUUUAGACCCUCUGGGUAGCAAUAUCGUCGUCGCCACGCGCACCAAUGAAGUGUUGCGUAUUCUUCCUAGGACUAAUGAGGAGAUCAACGAGGAGUGGCUCUCAGACAAGUCGCGCUUUGCGUGCGACGGGCUCAAGCGACAGAGACUGGUCACGCCCAUGCUGAAAGACAGCCGCGGGAACCUCGUGCCGGCCGAGUGGGAAGACGCCGUCGUGGCCGCCGCGAGGGCCCUACGCGACUGCCCGCCCGACAAGCUGCUAGCAGUAGGGGGCGGCAUGGCAGACGCGGAAUCCCUGGUAGCCUUGAAGGACCUGGUGAACCGCCUGGGCUCGGAGCAGGCCUGCACCGAACAUUACUUCCCCAUGCAGGGCGCCGGCACUGAUCUGCGCUCGUCGUAUCUGCUGAACACUAAGAUUGCCAACGUUGAGGACGCGGACUACGUGCUCCUGAUCGGCACGAACGUGCGCUUCGAGGCUCCGCUGCUCAACGCGCGUAUCCGCAAGGCCUUCAUCCACAAGGAGGCCGAUGUGGCGCUCAUUGGCCCGCAAGUCGACCUCACCUACGACUACACGUACGUCGGCGACUCAGCGUCCAUAGUCAAGGAGCUAGCCACCGGCACGUCUUCGCACGAGGUCCUCAAGCGCCUGCAGCAGGCCAAGCGUCCCGUGGUGAUCCUGGGCGCCGACCAGCUGGCUGGAGACGAGGGAGCGGCGCUGCUGGCGCAUACGCAGGAACUCGCGCUCCGGCUGCAGGACCAGCUGCAGGACAAGGACUGGAAGGUUCUGAACGUCCUCCAACGCACGGCUUCUCAAGUGGCCGCCUUGGACAUCGGAUACAAACCAGGCGUAGGCGCGGCGCUGGCGGCCGGACCCAAGGUCGUGUACUUGCUGGGCGCAGACAGCGGCGCCGUCACCAGGGAGGCCUUGCCCGAGGACGUCACCGUCAUCUACCAGGGCCACCACGGCGACGCGGGCGCGUCAAUAGCUGACAUCGUGCUGCCGGGCGCGGCCUACACCGAGAAGCGCGCCACCUACGUCAACGCAGAGGGCCGCGCACAGCAGGCGCUCGUGUGUGUCACCCCGCCCGGCAAGGCGCGCGAGGACUGGAAGAUUAUUCGAGCUCUAUCGGAAGUGGUUGGUGCUGGUCUACCUUACGACACGCUGGACGAGGUGCGCGAGCGCCUGAGUCAGGUCAGCCCGGCGCUCGUGGCCUACGGCGACGUGCAGCCCAACAACUACUUCGCACAAGCGCGGGCGCUCGCACAGAGCCUCCAGAAGCCCGUGUCCGGCAAGCUAACUGUCCAGCUGAAGGAGCUAGAAGACUUCUUCAUGACGGACGCCAUCAGCCGUGCCUCACCCACAAUGGCCAAAUGCGUGGCCGCCGUACGCAAGCAGAAGACCUCGCCAUACUAAGCGGACAGUUGGGGACCACGCCUACUCAUAUCUAUGACCGGGAUCGUAAUUUCGCAAUACUGUAAUGCUGGUGGAUUUUUUAAGAAUACAGAUUGUAGUCGUUGGCACGUUAACGAAAUGGACUAAUCUCGAUUGAUUUUGAACUUUAUAAUAAAACACGUGAAGUUUAAGAUAUGUUGAGAGGGUAUUGAUAUUUUCUGUUCUGGUUUGAGAAACGAGGUAUUUUCAGUUGUUUGUUACUGUUGUCGCCAUUGGUAUACGAGAUUUCAGUGUUGCUCUCAGUUUGAAUGAUGACACAGAUGCAUGACGAUGUGCAUAGUCUUUAAACUUUUUCUUAUUCUCUGCAUUAUGACUAGUAAGAGUCACAAAAGGGUUUCAUAAUUUGUUAAAGAACAUUGCGAUUAUAUCACCGCUUGCGUAAAUUAGAUGCCUUCAAAUCUCGGUCAGUGACAGUAAAUUGAUUCAAUAACAGUUGGCAUGGUCCCCGUAGGUUGCAUGUCACCAGCAACGGUGCUUGAUGUUAUGUUGAAUUGGGUACACGAAUGCUGUAGCAGCAAUAAGGUAUUUAACUCAAUAUAAUAAUACUGUAAUGCAAAAAAUCUACCUAAAAGUUACAGUAUUCGUGUCUCUAAAUUCUAAAAGAUUAUCUUAAGUAAUUCCUGGUUACUUUUGUUUGAGUGCCAUCAAAUACUUAUAUUUUAUUCGCAAAAUGCUUACGUAAUUUAUUCCACAACACUGUAUUUUGUGGCACUCAAACAACUGUGGGCAUUUUUAGGUAAUUAUUAAAAUUCUAUUACGCCUUUCUGCAAUCAUUUUUACGAAGAAAAUACUACAGAAAUGCACUUCGUACAGUCUUUUGGAUGACAUCUGACUGUACUGUACAUUGUGAUCAAGUAUUUAUUUUGUUAUUUAAUAUAAGCGUAAUGUUUCAAACUUUCCGAUAUUAAAUUAAUCAAAUCAUGAUAAUAUAAUGUAGAAAUGGGACGCAGCCGGAACGUAAGUGAAAGGAAUUUUGGUUGUAAGGACAAAGUUUUGUAUAUAGUAAACGUUUGUAGUAUACAAAUAAAUGUAGUAUAAUGAUUGUCGAAA